UGGUCAGAUUCCCGGCAAUUCCUCGUCCGCUCCGCCUACCAGCUCCUCUCUAUUGCUUGGCUGCUUGUCCUCGCCAUCCACUCGGAAGAGACGCUUUACUGGGCUUAUCUCAUUGGUGCGAUCAGGGGAAGGAAUACCAAGAGUUGGUUUAGGAGCGUCCACUUCAAGGUCUGGAUCGCCUGUUGCAUCUUUGUGAGUCAAUACCUAAUGAAAGGUAGUGAUGAGCUGAUGUGGGUAGGUGGCUGGGGUCGUACCUGGUGUGGCAAACAUUGAGACGCAAAACCUCAUUACGAUGGAAGUCAACAUCUUUCUCGUUGGGUAAGUUCCGUGGUGCCUCGAGGAGAGUUUACUGACGUUUGUUUGAAGGUCGAUAUCGGCUUUCAUCCUGUUUAUUGGGAGUAUCUGGCUUCUCUUUGUCUUCCCCAAUUUCAUUCAAGAGUCUCGACGUCAGGGGGCCACUUUGGAUGUGAUUGCACGGCUGCAGUAUUUCAAGGAACUCAACAGUGUGCGGACGUUGUUCCGUCUCCUGUAUUGCGUCUCCAUCCUCACUCUCGCUAUCGACGGUCGGACUGAAAGCAAGAUCGUCAACUCGAACCAGUAUGUCUCCCACUUCUUAUCUCCCAGUUUGUGUUGACCUUGGGAUAGUUUCUGGCUCGAUUGUUUCUACAUCUCUGGCCUCUUCUUUGUCUUCACUUCCAACUCGCUGUCACUCAUGAUCCUCCUCCCCCGUAACAUGGCCGACGAAGCGGGCUUCACCCAGGCCCAACAGGUAUUCGUCCGACAGAACGUGAGGCAGCGGGAUUUGAGAACGCGAGGCAGGGGGCAGGAGAGAGAGCUCGAGUUGCCGAGUACUUCGACUAUCGACCGUAAAUUCCCGCCGUACACCCUGCCUCCUACAGACGACAUUGAGUCCGACGCCAUCCACCUUACUCAGCUGCCUUCCCCUCGCGCUGCUCCGCACCGUGAAUCCCAGCCCUGGCAGGCACUGGGCGAAGCGCUCAAUAUCGAGCAACAAGAUCCCGAGAUGGGGUACAACGAUAGGGUUGGCGAGACUUCAAAGGCGUCGGUAUCAGUGUCGGACUUUGAUAAGCCAUUCGCAAUGAACAAGGGAGAGAGGUUGUUGAGAGAUGGGGAGAACAUUGAGCAACCGACACUUCUGAACCACUUCCGCUCGCCGGCAGACUUUACUGAUCCCCCAACGCCCCGUGACUUGAACAUCGUCGUUGUGACAGAUACUGUCGAGGUAGAGGAGAAGGGUCCAUGAUUAGAUACUGUCAAAUGCGG